AUGCUGCAGGAUCUCAUGGAGACGCUGGAUGGGCUCAAGGUCAGACCACGACCACAGUAUCGUGAGAUUAUCAAGUAUCACAUUGGCUACUAUGAUGUGUUGAAAGAGACGGAUAAAAUCGCGGACGAGCUAGAGUUCAAGCUUACACUCGAAUUUGAACCGCGCUCAGAUCACAUCUCGUAUCGUGCUACUUUCGACCCAUCCACGAUCCCAGAACACCAAGUGAAUUACCUGUUCUGGCAAAUUGACGCCGUCGUAGACUUAUUCCUCGAGAAUGUUGAUUGCGCGACGGCUGACAUCGCGAUGUGUUUCCAAGCUGAACUCCACUCGAUCGCAAAUCCUGUGCCUCGACAAAUUUCGUUGCACCAUGGCCCAGCCCAUGCUGUUGAGCAAUGGGCAUCGACGACACCUGACAGGGAGGCUUUGGUGAUGUCUCACAGAGUCAAUGGCAGCAUGCAAGUUGAAGGCUAUCUGACGUAUGCCGCCCUCAAUCGUCUUGCCAACCAAGUCGCUCGUGUUUUGAUACACCAGGGUGCCUGCCCAGGCUGUUUGGUGGGCGUGAUCAUGGACAAGUCGAUCAAUCUAUAUGUCGCCAUACUUGCUGUCCUCAAGAUUGGCGCUGGAUACCUCCCUCUGGUUCCCGACCUUCCAAGGGAACGGACCAAACUCAUACUGAACGAGGCGCAAGUUACUUUGUGUAUUAGCGAGUCUUCAGCAUCUGCGCAUCUAGAUAAGUCUACGUCUUCGAAGACUAUUAACCUAGACAAGAUUGAUGUUUCUUUAUACCUGGACGACAACCUUGGCAUUCCUUACGAUGGAGCAAGUGUCGCAUACGCAGUCUUCACAAGUGGUAGUACUGGCACUCCAAAGGGAGUUCUCGUCACACACGAAAACUUGAUGAGUAACCUGAGCUACUUAUCGACUGUCUAUCCAUACUCAGAAGGCUCAAAACUGCUUCAGUCAUGCUCACAGGCAUUCGACGUGUCUGUCUUUGAGAUCUUUUUCUCAUGGCAUGUCGGCAUUUGUCUGUGCACUGCAAGAAAGGACGAUUUGUUCUCGGAUCUAGAAGGUGCCAUCAACCAGCUUGGGAUCACACAUCUAAGUCUCACACCAACUGUUGCGGCACUCAUCGAUCCGGACAAUGUGCCACAAGUCAAGUUCCUCGUUACAGCUGGAGAAGCUGUGACUGAACAUGUGCGGCGCAAAUGGGCUGGACGUGGGCUCUAUCAAGUACGUUCUUCGGUCUCGACAUCGGAUCUCAUCAACAACAUUGGCAAACCGUUUGACAACACCUCUGCAUUUGUGCUGGAUCCAACCAGCGAGACAGUUCUUCCGCGUGGAGCAGUCGGCGAAUUAUGUUUCGGUGGAUACCAAGUCUUCCAAGGAUACCUCAACCGACCUGAUUUGACAGCCGCCAAAAUUAUCAAUCACCCUACAUACGGUCGCCUAUAUCGUUCCGGCGAUUUGGGCGUAAUGCUGGCUGACGAAUCUAUCCUGUUCACAGGCAGAUUGGAUGACCAAGUCAAGAUCCGUGGCCAGAGAGUGGAGCUUGGGGAGAUUUCUUCCACUAUUCUCGAUCAUGGAUGCGUGCGGGACUGUACUACUUUACUGCUCCGAGACUCAUCAAGGCCAGAAAUACUGGUGACCUUCUGGGUGCCAUCUGUUUCCGAAGAAGGCCCAUUCAAGAUCAUGAAAGGCCGUGAUUUUCAUGCAGAAAUCAUCUCCAUUUUCGAUUCUUUAUUGAACCGUCUUCCUGCAUACAUGGUACCCUCGUACCUUGUUCCCGUCAGUCGUUUGCCCAUGACGGCGCAAGGGAAGAUAGACAAGCGAAAUCUAGGACGAAAUUUCCGAGAACUCACGGAGGAUAUGAAAGCUGGUACAACCGUAUCGCAGGACGUACUUACUGAUGAAAUCGGACUGUCGACUUCUUGGGAAAUUCAAGUUGCAGAUCACCUUGCAGAGAUACUUGGCAUUUCUGUCGAGAAUAUUAACCGAAAUUCAUCAUUCUUCCAGCUUGGGUUGGACUCUGUAUCAGCAAUCAAAUUGAGCAAUCGACUGAGGAAGGAGACUCUUGGGGAUUUCACCAUCUCUGCGAUACUCAAGAACCCUACUGUAGCGCACCUGGAACAGCUGAAGGCAAAAUGCAAGAGAGGGAAUCACACGCUCAAUGGGACAAGACCAGGUACCGAAGAUGCAAUUAUCCCGUCAGAGACUGCUCGUAUUCGGACCUGGUUCGACAAGAAAGAUGUUGCGAUCGCAAAGAUCUACCCCUGUACGCCACUUCAAGAAGCAAUGCUUUCCACUGGACACUCGACGGCCACUACGUCCUACAGUAACGUGAUGGCGUUCUUUGUCAAAGGAGACGUGUUACGCCUCCAGCAAUGUUGGGCUUUGAUGGCUCAACGGCACGAAAUACUGCGCACCUCGUUUGUAGCAACCAGCGACCCAUCGCAUGCUUUUGCGCAGGUCGUGCUGCAAGACGCAAAUUUGAUUUGGGAUGAAAUCACCUGGACAAGGGAAGCAUUCCAUGUCGCCAACAAGACGGUGGCAGAUCUCUUGCAAGUCAACAAACCGCCCGUGUGGCUUGCACUUGCGAGGUCCAACACGUCAACAAGACUGCUAUUCUGCUGUCACCAUGCAGUGUACGACGGCAUCGCGAUACAAACUUUGCUCAAUGAAGUGCAAGAAGCAUAUCGUGACCACAAGCUUCCUUCGCCUCUUUCUUAUGAUGUAUAUCUUCAGCAAAUGCUUUUACAAAAUCUCGCCGAAGCUGACCAGUUCUGGACUGCUACAUUCCAGGACUUUGAGCCUACAGCUUUUCCGGAUCUUACUGGCAGAGUUCACAAAGAGCUCUAUACUGCUGCUGCUUGGCGCCGACAAUUGCAAUUGCCACUAAGCACGAUACGACAAGCCUGUCAGAACACGUCCAUGACAUUGCUCUCUGUCAUCCACGCCACUUGGGCUAAGCUUCUGCAUUAUUACACUGGAGAGAGCGAUGCCUGUUUUGGCAACGUAGUAAGUGGACGCGCUCUUUCCGGGCAUGACUUGGACCGCCUUGUAGCCCCCUGCUUCAACACACUACCCGUCAGGAUCAAUUUCGACUUCAGCAAUGACAACUUAGCCUUGGCUCAGCAAGUCCACACUUUCAACGUCGAGUCCAUUGAUUUCCAGUUGACGCCACUUCGUCGCAUUCAAGGCCUGGUACUCAAAGAUGGUGGUCGUCUCUUCGACACUCUCGUCAUUCUUCAACAGCAGAGCGAACCACUAGACACCACUAUAUGGGAGCUCGAAGAAGAUCGUGGUGUGAUGGACCUACCACUGGUCUGCGAAAUAUCACAGAAUGACACCGAGGACAGACUGGACCUGAUCUUGCACUAUCACGACUCCAUUCUUUCCGAGAGAGAGGUUACGCUCGUUGCAGAGACUUUUGAAUAUGCCGCGACGACUUUCGAUAUGUGCUAUUACGACUGCUUCCUUGCCUGGACUCUUGGCUUCACACUAUGCGCGGCCGAGCAAGACACGAUGUUGAAUGAUCUGUCUAAGAUGAUUAAUAUUCUGGACAGCGAUCUGCUAGAUCUGACGCCAUCCGUAGCUGCCUCACUUGAAAGAUGCGAAGUUCCCAACGUCAAAUGGCUUUACUGCAUCGGUGAGGCGAUGACUUCUAACAUAGUGAAGGAAUGGGAAGGCGCUUGUGUCAAUUCCUAUGGACCAUCCGAAGCUGCUUUUUGCACCACAAUAUGCCCUGUCUCACAGAGUUUCAAGCCUUCUGUGAUCGGCAGACCAUUUUCUAGCACCGAGUUCGCCAUCUUCCCAUCAAAAGGUGAUGGACUUCUGCCCUUGCUCAGUGUCGGAGAACUGUACAUUGGAGGCACACAGUUAGCGCGAGGCUAUCAUGGCAGGCCGGAGCUCACCAAAGAAAAGUUCGUCACCAGAUCUGGACGACGGUUCUACCGAAGCGGCGAUGUUGUCCGGAUGCUGAGUGAUGGUAACUUUGAGUUCAUCGGACGCACAGACGACCAGAUAAAGAUACGUGGACUGAGAGUCGAGCUUGGCGAGAUCAACAACAUACUCCAUGGAGCGCAUCCAGACGUACAGGCAGCAGCUACCCAAAUCAUGAGGAAGGACGACGCUGCGAAAGAGCAACUCGUUGCAUUCUUAGUCGCUAAGCGUUCAGUCGACGAAGUUGAAGGUGAAGAAAUACGCCGUCAACUCGGACAAGUUGCGAAAGACCGCCUUCCUUUGUACAUGGUACCCCAAUUCUUCAUCUUCGUGGACAAAAUUCACCGAUCACUUGCUGGCAAGAUUGACAAAAAAGCCUUAACCGAGAUCUUUCGGAUUUCAGUAGAUGCGAAUUCCUUGCCUAACGGAAUUUCGAAUCUAUCUUCCGAACACCAAUGGACUAUAUUUGAGAGCCGCAUCAGAGACGUGUUCGCGCACUUAUCGAGUUCAGCACCGGAAGAUAUUUCACCAACCACGACCAUCUAUCAGUUGGGUCUAGACAGCAUCAGCGCAGUACAAGUCGCAGCUGUCCUGCGGAGAGAGGGCCAUUUAGUGAACGCUGCGGACGUCAUGAGGUAUCUCACAUGCACUGACCUUGCGGCAUUUCUCAACCACAAUGCUGCAGCAGAGCAACCGGCGGCAGCAACGUUCGACUUCCAAAAGUUCGACACAAAGCAUAGGCCCAGUGUGCUUGCAUCGUGUAAUGUCGCCAACGAAGACAUCGUAGCUAUACGCCCCUGUACACCACUUCAAAGGGGUAUGAUCUCUCAGAUGCUUGCAAAAGAAGGAGCCAUAUACAUCAAUUACCUACGCCUAGACCUAAAGCCUGGUACAGACACUAAUCGUCUAAAGAAGGCCUGGGAAAUAGCUGCUCACGCUCACAUGAUGCUGCGAACUGGAUUCGCUCACAUACAGGACAAGAGCCAUUCAUUCGGUAUGAUCGAGUACGCGCCCAAUUGUCUCGCUUUACCAUGGGACGCACCCAUCAAGAAUGCUGCUUCGGUCGCCACGGAAGUCUGGCUUGAGAAGCUUCAGCGCGAAAUGGCGAGAGAACUCCACCGGCCGCUCUGGCACGUUCGAAUCGGUCAGGAUAAUCAUACACAAUUCCUCGAUCUCGUCAUUUUCCAUGGUCUAUUCGAUGCACAAAGCCUUCAGUCUGUCUUCCAAGAUGUCAUUGCCGCGUACCACGACCAACAGAUUGAGUCUCCAGUGGGGCUAGAUCCCAUUAUCGAUGGUGUUCUUCAGCGCAGCACAGCGUACGGUGAUCACGGAAAAGAAUUCUGGACACAAUUGGGCAAGCAAGGCUGCUGGAGUUCUUAUACUGGGGAAACCUUUGCAACUUGCGGAGUCGUACUUUCUGGUCGCGAUUUCGAGAUCGCUGAAAGUGCUGUCUUUCCUUGCAUCAACACAGUGCCAGUCUCGCACAAAGUGACAGAGGACACAGAGCAAAUGCUAAGUGCAAUCACAAAAUUGAUGGCCGAGGUACAGCAGCAUCAACACAUCCCGUUGAAUGACAUCCAGAGACUCAUGGGUUUUUCGAACGAACCUUUAUUUGACACCAUUUUCGCUUACCAGAAGCUAUCCACGCGUAAGGAUUUGAACAAUAUUUGGAACAUUGUGGACGAGAGAGCGACAAUCGAGUAUCCUCUGUCAAUCGAACUGGAGCCCAAAGGUGACUUCCUUGAGUACCGCCUGACAUUCUUACCACAUCUCAUACCGCAAGGGCAAGCGAAAGUGAUGCUCGAGCAGCUUGAUCACCUAUUAGAGUGCUUUAUCUCGCAUGGCAAGGCCGCCAACAUUGCUGACAUGACACUCUACUCUAUCGCCCCAGCUAUGGAACCAGAGCUUCCAUCGGAAGCUCAAUUUCUUCACGAUUUCGUUGAGUCAACGGCUAUGAAAUACCCGGGGCGCGUUGCCUUCGAGUUUGCCAACUCAAUCCACGAAGGUGAAAAUCACAAACAGCGCUGGACAUACUCGCAGUUAAAUGCGGAAGGCAACCGGGUCGCCAAUCUGCUCAUCGCCAAUGCAGUACAACCAGGUGACCUGGUAUGUGUCUGUUUCGACAAGUGUCCUGAAGCCUCAUUUGCCAUGCUAGGAAUCUUAAAAGCCGGUGCUGCUUUUGUUGCAAUCGAUCCCGGAGCGCCUGCUGCUCGACAAGCUUUCAUCACUCGUGACUCUGGAGCUACCGCUGUCCUUUCCAUGUCAGCACAGUCAGCUCAAUUCAUCAAAGACGUACAGGUGCCCGUACUAAACUUGGACGAGACAAAGCCUAGCUCUUAUUCUAGCACGCCCAAAGCUUGCGAGUUAACUCAUGAGAAUGCCGUCCAAGCACUUCUCGCCUUUCAACGUUUGUUUGACGGCCACUGGAAUUCGGAGUCGCGUUGGCUACAAUUCGCAUCUUUCCACUUCGACGUGUCAGUUCUUGAGCAGUACUGGAGCUGGUCUGUCGGCAUAUGCGUGGUAUCGGCACCCCGAGACGUCAUUUUUGAAGAUCUGGCUGACUCCAUCAACACACUGGACAUUACGCAUAUUGAUCUGACACCAAGUCUGGCCCAGAUACUGCACCCGGACGAUGUACCAAGCCUAUGCAAGGGUGUCUUCAUUACUGGCGGCGAGAGCUUGAAGCAAGAGAUCUUGAACGUGUGGGGUCCGAAAGGAGUGAUUUAUAACGGUUAUGGACCAACCGAAGCGACUAUCGGAUGCACUAUGUACACGCGGGUACCAGCCAAUGGCAAACCGUCAAACAUUGGAAAGCAAUUUGACAACGUCGGUACUUUUGUACUCAAACCUGGUACAGACAUCCCCGUUCUUCGAGGCGGUGUCGGCGAGCUCUGUGUGUCGGGCAAACUCGUUGGCAAGGGCUAUCUCAAGCGCAAAGAUUUGACGGCAAAGGGGUUCCCACACUUGAAGCGCUUCAACGAGCGUGUAUACCGUACAGGCGACUUGGUCAGGAUACUAUAUGAUGGAACGUUUGACUUCCUCGGGCGUGCAGACGACCAAGUGAAGCUACGUGGACAACGUCUUGAGAUUGGUGAGAUCAAUUCCGUGAUCAGACAGUCAAACAAGAGCAUCUCGGACGUUGCUACACUGGUCUUGAAGCAUCCUGGGCAACAAAAGGAACAGCUGGUUACUUUUGUCAUUCAUGGCCAGGCAACCCGACAAUGCAACGUUUUGCUAGCAAGCGCAUCGGAGAUGAUGACAGUAAGAGAUGCAUGUCAUGACAAUCUACCACCGUACAUGAUACCUACGCAUUUUGUGCCGCUUACAUCAAUGCCACUCAAUAUCAACAACAAGGCUGAUGCAAAGAAACUCAAAGAACUAUAUGAGAGCCUGUCUGCCGCAGAUCUAUCAAAACUCUCAACGAGCUCUGAUGAAUACAAUCAAUCUUGGUCCGACGAAGAGCGCAGGCUUCAGGAUGUUCUUAUCAAAGAGCUUCACGUGAACGAGGAUACAAUUGGUAAAGAGACCAGCUUCUUCGAGCUUGGCAUGGACUCAAUCUCAGUGAUUGAUGUUGUACGGGCAAUGAAACAGGCUGGAAUCACUAGUGUGACUGCUUCUCUGAUCAUGAAGCAUUCUACUAUCCGCAGGCUCGCCAAGGCCCUGUCCGACGAGACUCACCGUUCAAGCGAUCGAGCUUCGGUUCUCGCAGCUCAACAAGCCAUUGCUGCCAUGCAACAUCGACAUCGUCGCGCGGUUGCUCGAGCUCUCUCCAUAAGCACUCACGACAUCGAAGCUGUUGCGCCUUGUACCCCUCUGCAGCAGGGUAUGAUUGCCAGGUCCUUGGAUAACGACAAUGGUCUCUAUUUUAACACGUUCGUGUUUCAGCUCAGCAAAGAGAUCAACCACGAAAAGCUUAGGGCAGCAUGGCAAGUUGUCCAUGCUUCAGCCCAGAUUCUGCGUACCGUCUUCGCGAACACGGAAGAUGGAUACGUACAGGUCGUCCUUCGCGAUGUAGGAUCUCCCUGGGCAUCGAAUCAGCCGCAACAUCCCUACAAAGGCGAAUCUCUGAAUGGCUGCCUAAGUAGGAUCCACGGAGAUUGGGUGCGUAGCAACACAGACCAGUUCGGGCGCCCGUUUGAACUUCGCCUUGUCCAGACUCAAGAGAAGCAGAUCCUAGUCAUACACAUCUUCCACGGCUUGUAUGACGGCAUUAGCAUCGAGCUCAUCUUCAAAGCUGUCUGGGAUGCGUACAAUGGUCGUGAAAGCAACGAUAUCGCGCCUUCAUUUUUAUCAGCACUUCCGCAUGGACCUUUGAAGGUCCUAGACGGCGCAAAAGCCUUUUGGCAGGAACAAAUAUCGCAGGAUGUUUCUUCACACUUUCUUACGCGACCACCCGCUGAUUUCAGUGGCAAAGUCACCAAAGUCACACGUGAGAUGCAAGAUCUGGGUGCGCUUGAGUCGACUCGCCGAAAGCUCAACGUUACAGCGCAGGCUAUUGCGCAAGCUUGUUGGCUGGAUGUCCUUAAAGGGCAUGUCAAGGCUGCUUUGACAAUUGGCAUCGUGGUCUCUGGGCGAAGUAUUGACCUCGAAAACGCCGAUCGCAUUAUGGGGCCUAUGUUCAACACUAUACCGUACCAAAACAGUCAUCAGCACAGCGAAACUUGGGAGUCGCUCAUUAAAAGAGUACAUGAUUUCAACGUGGCAGCUCACCCGUAUCAGCAUACUCCGCUGCGCGAUAUCAUGAAAUGGUGCAAAGUCGAUCGCUCCCAGUCACUCUUCGACAAUCUGUUCGUAUAUCAAGUAGCGCAGACCAGCCAGGCCUGUAUAAAGAACGAUUUCUGGGAGUUGUUGGAUGGAGACACUGUAGCAGACUAUCCUCUGGCUUUCGAGGUCGAGCAAGGACCGAACGAGAAGUGGAGCCUGACACUUGUAGCACAGAACCAUGUGCUUGACGAAGCUACAUCGAACGUGCUCCUGGAUCGGUUUGAAGGAGCGCUACAUCAAGCUUUGACCGAGCCAACAGCUACCCUCGAGACUUUACUUCCACCAAACGGCACAAUAGAGACUAUUCCUGAGGCAUCAAAUGGUCUAAUUCUGCCUCUCAAUGGUACUGAAAAAUUUGCAUGGACAAAAGAAGCCAAUGUGCUCAGAGAAUCGCUUGCAGAAUUGACGAGCAGUGAGCUUCAGAGCAUCGACCAGUCUACUUCCGUCUUUGAGCUAGGCUUAGACAGCAUUGAUGCCAUAAAACUGUCCUCGAAGCUCAAGAAACAGGGCAUUGAUCUUCCAGUUAGUGGUAUCAUGCGCGGCCUAACAAUCGCAAAGAUGCUCGCACACAUCAAAAGGCCCGCUGACAUAGAGGAAGAUGAAAUUAGCAAUGAUUCCGAGUUUCAAGCGCGCAAGCAUGAGCUAGUAGGACACGCCAAACGACAAGGAUUUAGCACAGACCAAAUCGAGAAUGUCUUGCCCUUGACGCCUCUACAAGAGGCCAUGGUUGUCGAGAUGAUCACGUCCGAGUUCACGAGAUAUUACAAUUUCGAUGUUAUGAAGAUUGAUCAAGACACCGACAUUGAACGGCUCAAAGUUGCUUGGACUCUAGUAGUCCAGGCCACACCGAUCUUGCGUACUUCUUUCGUUGAGGUCGAAGAACCUGAUAUUGAAGAAUCAUACGCGCAGAUAAUCCAUGCCAAGCCUCACCCAUUCUGGAAGGAAAAGACAUUGGACUCCGAGCCCGACUUCUCAGCGUUGUUCGAGGAAGUCCGACAAGAAGUAUCAAACGCGAAAUCAUCAUCGCCACCUUUUCACAUCCUGCUGAUCAGAUCUACCGGUCAAAACUACUUACUCCUCGCUAUUGCGCAUGCUCUUUACGACGGAUGGUCACUCGGCCUGUUACACGCUGAUGUCAAAAGUGCAUAUGACGGCAUUUUAAAGCCUCGGCCAAGCUACCAGAAGACCCUAUCAAAGAUUCUGACAAGACCUGAAGACAAUGCCUCGGAUUUCUGGGGUGACUAUCUUGAUCAGGCUGAACCAAGUGCAUUCAAGCGACGACCAAGAGCAGCAAAAGAGAAGACAGAUACUGUCCACCGCGCGGAGCGAGAAAGUACCGUCUCAGCGGCCAGUCUGACCGAGUUUGCAAAGAAAAGCAAUGUCUCUUUGCAGACAUUGGGUCAAUCUGUGUUUGCAGUCGUUCUGGCCUCUUAUGUUCAAUCCCUAGAUGUGGUAUUUGGCUCUGUCUUAUCCGGCCGCGAUGAUGAAACAACCUUGCAACUUCUGUUUCCGACCAUGAACACCAUUGUUGUCCGGACUAUCCUCCAUGGAACCCGCAUCGAGCUAGUGCGCCACGUACAGGAGAAUUUCACCAGCCUCAAGCAAUGGCAACAUUUCCCGUUGAGGCAGGCCUUGGAAUGUGCUGGUCAAAAUGGUGGACUGUUCGAGAGUUUGUUCAUUUACCAAAAGAGCAUGAGAAAGAUUGAAGAUCUACGUCCACUAUACACAAGCAUCGCGGGCCACAGCGACGUUGAAUACCCGGUCUGCGUGGAGAUGGAGGUGGUGGAUGGGCGGCUGCUUUGGCGAUGCGCUGUCAAAGAUGAAGUUUUCGAUGAAGACAGCGCCCAAGAAUUGUUGGACAGACUUGACAGAGUUUUGAGUGAAAUUAUGCUUCAACCAGACAGCCCUGUGAUCGACUUCACGUCGCAAGGAACAUCGCUAUGCGGACUACCGCCAUUUGACACUGACGGACGGAAAGAUACGGUACCCGCUGUCAGAUGGAGCGAGAUUACAGGACAACGGCAAGGACAGCCACGGGAAGAGACGAUCUUCGCGAUACGCGAAGCUCUUGCUAUCACUGCUGAGCUCUCAGACGAGGAUGUUACAGACGAAAUGACUAUCUUCCACAUCGGUCUGGACUCGAUUAGUGCCAUCAAGGUGUCUUCUCUCCUUCGCAAAAAGAGGAUCAUCCUCAGUGUUGGCGACAUGCUCCGAGCUGGUACCGUUAUAAACAUGGCACGCGUUGCCGAUGCACGCUUCUCUCAACAGCCAGAACAAAACAAGAACACCACGUCAACCAUCAAGCAUGCGCUGCAAGGUCUGGAUCACGAUGACAUAUUGAAUCGUGCCAAUUCUGAAGAAUGCAUGAUAAAAAGUCUGGAAGAGGUGCAAAUACUACCUGCGACGGCUGGUCAGACAUACAUGCUAUCCAUGUGGCUUAAUACGAGGGGCAGUAACUUCUUUCCUGAAUUCACAUAUAGUCUCAGCGGCAAGGUUUCUUUUAGGAAGCUUCAGGAUGCGUGGACGUCUCUCGUGGCUACGAGCCCGAUCCUAAGAACGUACAUCAUCGCCAUGCAAGAUCCACUUGUCCCGUACCUGCAGUUGGUACGCAAGACUGAAGGAAAUGAGUCACGUGUCUUUGAAAUCACUGAGCAUGCCGAAGAGAAGUCAAGCACAGGGCAGCCAUGGGCUCAGCUUUAUGCCGCACAGGCCGAAGAUGGCUGGACUUUGAAGCUCAAGAUCCACCACGCAUUGUAUGAUGGUGUAAGCUUACCAAUUCUGAUGCAGCAACUCCAAGCAAUUUGCAACAACGGCACAGAACCAAGGCCAAAUAAAACAUUCGAAGAGCUGGUUGCUAGCAGUCUUGGUUCCCAACUCCGCAACUCCUUCUGGAAAUCCUACUUCGACGGCGUCUCCCAAACUCGUCUGUCACAGCCUCAAAGAUCGGUCAACAUAAGAUCUGAAGUCUUCAUACCAAGUCUUAUGCCCACAAAGGCACUGGAAGAUAGCGCCCGCCAAAACGGUAUAUCUAUUCAAGCGCUCUUCCUCGCCUGCUACGCCAGACUAUACGCGACCCUCACAAAAACGCCGCCAGAACAAGACAUCAUCCUCGGUAUCUAUCUCGCCAACCGCUCCCUCCCUAUUUCUGGCAUCGAAUCUGCAGCCAUACCAACAGUAAACCUCCUCCCACUUCGCGUGCGCACACCAUUUCAGCAACACACGGUGGAGAGUGCGAAGCGAAUACAACAAGACUUGCAAAAUAUCGGGGGUCUGACCAAUGCGACCACAAGUUUAUGGGAGAUUAAGAAUUGGACUGGUGUGGUAGUCGACACUUUUGUCAAUUUCUUGACACUACCGGAUGCCGGAAAGACGCAUGAUGGAGAAGGUGUUACGAUUGCGCCCACGAGUGACUGGAGUGAAGGGGUGAAUCGUGUGAAGGAGCAUGAAGAGAUGUUCCAAGACGGAGAUGAAGAGAGAAUGAGGACAUUGAGGAAUGAGAGUGUGAAUAGUGCAUAUUUGCAUGCCAUUGAUAUCGAAGCCACAGUGCGCAACGGCAUGUUGGACGUUGGCGUCUUCGCACCAGUGGAAAUGUUAGACUUGGCCGCUAGCAACAAAUUGCUCGAAGAUUUGCAGGCGGAGUUGGGCGGAAUAUAG